AUGGUGUUACUAAUGCAGCGUCCUUCAGCGAUAGAGUUUGAUUUCAACAGCGGGCGGGCGUCUCCGUGUGGAAGCUCUCCAUCAACUCCCAAAGGGUUUGGUGAUUUCUACUUGAGCGCACCAACAACUCCAUCUCAUAUGCUUUCUAAUUGUGCUUUAUCAUAUGCUUUCCAAUUUAAUACAAACGAAGAAACACAAUCCCCUACCAAGUCCAUAAACAAAUCAGAAGCCGUAAAUAGUCCUCUUUUAUCCCCGAAUUCUACAAAAUCACCACAUAAAAAGAGUUUUUGGAGCACAUUUUCACCAAAAUCCGAUCAUUAUAAAACUAGAGACGGCAUGGAAACAAAAACAAAAAAGAAAGGAAGAGGAAGAGUUUCAGAUAUAUCUAACUCGAGGGAUGGACGGAGGGUAAUAAGGUCACUUUCUCCUCCCCGGGAGUCCAAGUAUACAUUAUGGGAAGAAGAAGAAGAAGAAGAAGAAGAAGAAAAGUCGGGACAGAAUACAGCAUCAACAUCAGCUGCACUAACAUUGUCCUGUUGUAAAGGUAGUAGAAAGUGGAGGUUAAAAGAUCUGUUAUUGUUCCGUAGUGCAUCAGAAGGACGGGCGUCAGAGAAAGAUCCAUUUAAAAAAUAUUCCUAUAUGCGCAGGAAACAUACACUACCAUCGCCAUCACCAUCACCAUCACCAUCACCAUCACCAUCAACACAAGGCUCCCCCAGUAGACGAAGAGGACCGGUCUCAGCUCAUGAGAUGCACUACACAGUGAACAAGGCCAACUCGGAAGAUAUGAGGAAGAAAUCGUUCCUUCCAUACAAACAGGGUAUUCUUGGUCGCUUGGCAAUCAAUCCAGCAGUCCAUACACUAGCACAUGGCUUUGGUCUUUAG